UUUACAUUAUCCAUUUUAAUUUUAAUUUGACAACAAUACUGUUGUUGACAGUUGAACAGUUUGAACAGUUUAAACAGCUAUCAAUAAAAUAUUGUUGCAAUUUUAUAUUUGACUUGAAAAUUACCAAACACCAAAAAUGGGAAAUGAACCUACUGGUAGAUAUUCUGAGUUUGGAAUGUUGGGUGUACCAUUCAAAGAAUCAAUAGAAGAUCUAGGAAAACAAUUCCUUAAAACAAUGACAUUUGACGAUAGGUUUGGGAUUGUAUGGAACUUUAUGAUGACAGCUUCUAUCUACGAUCCCAAUCAUCUUAAAGUAAACAAGACAGUUGCUGAUUCAAUAAGUUGGCGUCAAAUUGGUAACAAAGAAUUCACUACUGCAAAAAAUGAAGAUUAUAUAAGCAAAUCCAUUGAAGCAUACACCAAGAGUAUUGCUCAUGCACCAAUUGGAUCCAGUGAAUUGUCAUUGGCAUAUGGAAAUCGUUCAGCUGUAUUAUUUAAAGCAAGACUCUAUGAAGAUUGUCUCCUUGACAUUGAACGUUCAUUAAAAGCAGGCUAUCCAGAUAAAUUAAAAACAAAACUAUUUUUACGUCAAUCAUUGUGUUUCAAAGCAUUGAAACCAAGCUCACAUAUUGAGACAGGUAUUUCAAUGGCCAGUGCAAUGCAGUGGUUACCUAAUUUAAAAAAAAACAAUCCAAAUUACAACAUCAAAGAUGAAUAUUCAAAGAUGAUGAAUCAACUUGAAAAACCUCGUGAUACAAACACUGCUAAAUUUAAACCAACGAUUAAAAAUAAGAGCUCAAUAAUAGCUGGUGGAUCUGAUGCAAUUAAAUUAAUAAAAUCAAAUAGAAAUAAUCAACAUAUUGUUGCAGCAAGAAGCAUUAAAUCUGGUGAAUUUAUUUACAUCAAUAAACCAUUUGAAAUGAUUACUUGUGAUGAUAAACGUUACAACACUUGUUGGCAUUGUUGUCGUCAAACUUUAGCUGGUAUACCAUGUGAUAAAUGUCCAAAUAUAGUAUUUUGUUCACAAGAAUGUAAAAAUAUUGCUUGGAAUGAAUAUCAUGAACUUGAAUGUCCAAUUUCAAGUUUUUCUAAGAAAUUAGAAUUAUGUGUUGAAGACGAAUGGCAAUUCCAAUUGACGAUUAAAAUUUUAUCAAAAGCCCUUAAAGCCACUGGUGGUAUUGAUGCAUUGGAUAAAAAAAUUAAUGAGGUUGAUUCAAAGAAAGAUAAAUCAAUGAUUCAUACUGAUGGUAUGUUUGAUGUUAAUACAAUAGAUAAUUUUCAUCGUCUUGAUUAUUACAAGCCAACUUCUGAUAAAUGUUCAUUAGCCCGAGUAAUUCGAAUUUCAGCAAUUGUAUUAAUGUUUGGACUUGAAACAAAUAUUUUUGGUCGAAAAAUGAAACUCCUUGAAAUUUAUUCAAAUAAACAAUCACCAGUUUUGGGAGUCCUGAUACUCAGGUAUUUAAUGAUUGUUGAACGCAAUGUUACUUAUUGCAAUGAUGAUGUAACAGAACCAGUCAGGUUGACACAAGCUAUUAUAUUUCCAUUUGAAAACAUGUUGGUAAAGAAUUGUGAUCCUCAUGUCAACUGGUACGGCUAUGACUGGAAUAUUUCAAUUGUAGCCGAAAGACCAAUAAAAAAAGGAGAGAAAAUACGUAUAUCAUCAUCUGACCGUUACCAGGACAUGCCACUAUCUGAACGUCGAAAGUACGUUGCAUCAUUUGAUCUUCCUCCAUGCAAAUGCACAGCAUGUGUACAAGAUUUACCACUGAUGGACAAUCUUACAUCUUACAAGAGUUUGAAGUUGUCGAAUCAAGUUCGAAGAGAAUUGGAUCGUAUUAUGAUUAAAUCAGCUGGUUAUUCUGAGCUCAUUGCUGAGGGAGAUGCUGAGAAAUUGCUCAAAAUAAAAGACACUUUGGCCAAAAUGACUGAUAAAUUUUAUCAACACGUUACUGUUCCUUGCAGAGAAGCAUCUUUUUUUACACUGAUGAUAGGAAUGGUGCAUUUCCAUCUUUGCACUCCACGUUACGAUGUUGCCAAAAAAAUAAAGACAGAAUUUGAUUCCAUGAUGCAAGAAUUAAAAGAGUGCCAAGAACUCUUUGAAGAAGGAAAUAAUACAAAAUUAUUAACAAUUAAAGAUACUUUGAGUAGCAUUAAUGACAAGUUCCAUCACUACAUCACUGUCCCUUGCAAAGAAAUAUCACACUUGUCUUUAUUAUUAAAAAAAUUGUAUGUUCGAUUACAUACAGUUCAUAAUACUCUCGAGUAA